AUGGCGAACAUGGCGUCUUCAGCAUCGUUUGGGCAUUCAAAUUCGGGAGCCCAGAUAGGUGUGAACCACGGCCCAGUCACUUACCACUUCCACACGCCCGUUGAGGGGAUAAAUGAGACAAACACCAGGCCUUGGAAUCAGUCUCAAACCCACUAUAUAAUCCCUUCCUUGGAAAAUCGUCACUUUACCGGCCGUGAAUCCACGCUAGAGGAGCUCAAACAGAAGCUUUUUCUCCAAGCCAAUACUGAGAAAUUAGCCUUGUUCGGACUAGGUGGUAUCGGCAAAACCCAAAUUGCGCUUCAGUUUGCCCGCUGGGUGAAAGUGCAUGUACCAGACUGCUCUAUUUUCUGGGCUCCUGCUCUUAGUUUUGAGAGUUUUGAGCAGGCUUGUUCGCAGAUCGCGAAAGAGCUCCAACUUCAUUGGAGUCCAGGCGGUGAAAGUGCGAUGGAGAUAGUGCACCGACAGCUAAGCUCUGAUAAAUCCGGAAAGUGGCUUUUUAUUGUGGAUAAUGCUGACGACAUAGAAUUGCUUUCUGAUGAGCUUGAUCAGUAUUUUCCAUCUAAUAAGCAAGGCGUGACUUUGCUCACUACUCGUUCCCGCGAGGUAGCAGUAUCUUUCGCAGAGAGAGACAUACUCGAGCUCCCAAAGAUGACAAUAGAGGAAGGGAUUGUGUUUCUCACCAAGAUUGUGGGAGAGGGCUCGCUUUGCAACCGAGAAUCUACUAUACAAUUACUAGAGGAACUUGACUUCCUACCUCUAGCCAUUACGCAGGCGGCUUACUAUAUCUCUCGACAAGAUAGCACGAUCACACGGUACCUCGAGCUUAUGCAUAAAACCGAAAAGGACCGGGUUCGUCUAGCGAGCUGGAACUUCCGCGAUAGCACUCGCUACCGUCAAAUGCGAAAUGCUGUGACUACCACAUGGUUUAUCUCAUUCAACCAGAUCAAGAGCUCAGAUCCUUCGGCUGCCGAUUUGUUAGGAUUUCUAGCUUACCUGGAGCCAAAGGCGAUCCCGCGAUCUCUUCUUCCUGCUCUUGAUUCGGAAGAAGAGAUAGAGUUCGCAAUUGGCACACUGUGUUGCUAUGGGUUCUUAACUAGAAGGGAAACUGGGGAUAUGUUUGAUAUGCAUAGCCUUGUGCAGCUAUCAACACGAGCAUGGAUUACAGAGUCACGGAAGACAGAACAGACCAUUACGACUGUCAUACAACAUAUGAAUGAGACUUUCCCAUCAAGUCAAUAUACGAAUCGUGCGAUAUGGAGAGAGUACCUACCACAUGCUGUUGGAAUUCUUCAAAGAGACGAAGUUAAAGAUUUGAGUGAGAGGUAUAUCCUACUUUCAAAGGUUGGAAAUUGCGUUCUAGCAGACGGCCGAGCGAAAGAAGCUGUGUCGCUUUUUCAGGAUGUGGUCGCGGUACGCAACAGAACCCUUCAUGAAGGACAUCCCUCCCGACUGGCGUCUCAACACACACUUGCACGGGCGUAUCAAUCCAACGGGCAAAUCAAGCAGGCCGUGGAGCUACUUGAGCAUGUGGUCACAGUGCGUGAGAGAACACUUGAUGAAGAAUAUCCCGAUCGACUGGCAUCUCAGCACGAACUCGCACGAGCGUAUAAAUCCAACGGGAAAAUCAAGCAGGCCGUGGAGCUACUUGAGCAUGUGGUCACAGUGCGUGAGAGAACACUUGAUGAAGAACAUCCCGAUCGACUGGCUUCUCAGCAAGUGCUCGCAGGGGCAUAUGAAUCCAACGGGCAGACCAAGCAGGCUGUGGAGCUACUUGAGCAUGUGGUCACAGUGCGUGAGAGAACACUUGAUGAAGAACAUCCCGAUCGACUGGCGUCUCAGCACACACUCGCAUGGGCGUAUCAAUCCAACGAGAAAAUCAAGCAGGCCGUGGAGCUACUUGAGCAUGUGGUCACAGUGCGUGAGAGAACACUUGAUGAAGAACAUCCCGAUCGACUGGCUUCUCAGCAAGUGCUCGCAGGGGCAUAUGAAUCCAACGGGCAAAUCAAGCAAGCCGUGGAGCUACUUGAGCAUGUGGUCACAGUGCGUGAGAGAACACUUGAUGAAGAACAUCCCGAUCGACUGGCGUCUCAGCACGAACUCGCAUGGGCGUAUCAAUCCAACGGGCAGACCAAGCAGGCCGUGGAGCUACUUGAGCAUGUGGUUGCGGUAGAAGGGAGAACACUUGAUGAAGAACAUCCCGAUCGACUGGCGUCUCAACACACACUUGCACGGGCGUAUCAAUCCAACGGGCAGACCAAGCAGGCCGUGGAGCUACUUGAGCAUGUGGUCACAGUGCGUGAGAGAACACUUGAUGAAGAACAUCCCUCCCGACUGGCUUCUCAGCAAGUGCUCGCAGGGGCAUAUGAAUCCAACGGGCAGACCAAGCAGGCCGUGGAGCUACUUGAGCAUGUGGUUGCGGUAGAAAGGAGAACACUUGAUGAAGAACAUCCCGAUCGACUGGCGUCUCAGCACGAACUCGCAUGGGCGUAUCAAUCCAACGGGCAGACCAAGCAGGCCGUGGAGCUACUUGAGCAUGUGGUUGCGGUAGAAGGGAGAACACUUGAUGAAGAACACCCCUCCCGACUGGCGUCUCAACACACACUUGCACGGGCGUAUCAAUCCAACGGGAAAAUCAAGCAGGCCGUGGAGCUACUUGAGCAUGUGGUCACAGUGCGUGAGAGAACACUUGAUGAAGAAUAUCCCGAUCGACUGGCGUCUCAGCACGAACUCGCACGAGCGUAUAAAUCCAACGGGAAAAUCAAGCAGGCCGUGGAGCUACUUGAGCAUGUGGUCACAGUGCGUGAGAGAACACUUGAUGAAGAACAUCCCGAUCGACUGGCUUCUCAGCAAGUGCUCGCAGGGGCAUAUGAAUCCAACGGGCAGACCAAGCAGGCUGUGGAGCUACUUGAGCAUGUGGUCACAGUGCGUGAGAGAACACUUGAUGAAGAACAUCCCGAUCGACUGGCGUCUCAGCACACACUCGCAUGGGCGUAUCAAUCCAACGAGAAAAUCAAGCAGGCCGUGGAGCUACUUGAGCAUGUGGUCACAGUGCGUGAGAGAACACUUGAUGAAGAACAUCCCGAUCGACUAGCGUCUCAACUCACACUCGCAUGGGCGUAUCAAUCCAACGGGAAAAUCAAGCAGGCCGUGGAGCUACUUGAGCAUGUGGUUACGGUAGAAAGGAGAAAACUUGAUGAAGAACAUCCCGAUCGACUAGUGUCUCAACACACACUUGCACGGGUGUAUCAAUCCAACGGGCAGACCAAGCAGGCCGUGGAGCUACUUGAGCAUGUGGUCACAGUGCGUGAGAGAACACUUGAUGAAGAACAUCCCGAUCGACUGGCUUCUCAGCAAGUGCUCGCAGGGGCAUAUGAAUCCAACGGGCAGACCAAGCAGGCUGUGGAGCUACUUGAGCAUGUGGUCACAGUGCGUGAGAGAACACUUGACGAAGAACAUCCCGAUCGACUGGCGUCUCAGCACGAACUCGCAUGGGCGUAUCAAUCCAACGGGCAGACCAAGCAGGCCGUGGAGCUACUUGAGCAUGUGGUUGCGGUAGAAGGGAGAACACUUGAUGAAGAACACCCCUCCCGACUGGCGUCUCAACACACACUUGCACGGGCGUAUCAAUCCAACGGGAAAAUCAAGCAGGCCGUGGAGCUACUUGAGCAUGUGGUCACAGUGCGUGAGAGAACACUUGAUGAAGAAUAUCCCGAUCGACUGGCGUCUCAGCACGAACUCGCACGAGCGUAUAAAUCCAACGGGAAAAUCAAGCAGGCCGUGGAGCUACUUGAGCAUGUGGUCACAGUGCGUGAGAGAACACUUGAUGAAGAACAUCCCGAUCGACUGGCUUCUCAGCAAGUGCUCGCAGGGGCAUAUGAAUCCAACGGGCAGACCAAGCAGGCCGUGGAGCUACUUGAGCAUGUGGUUGCGGUAGAAAGGAGAACACUUGAUGAAGAACAUCCCGAUCGACUGGCGUCUCAGCACACACUCGCAUGGGCGUAUCAAUCCAACGGGAAAAUCAAGCAGGCCGUGGAGCUACUUGAGCAUGUGGUCACAGUGCGUGAGAGAACACUUGAUGAAGAACACCCCAAUCGACUGGCGUCUCAACACACACUUGCACGGGCGUAUCAAUCCAACGGGCAGACCAAGCAGGCCGUGGAGCUACUUGAGCAUGUGGUCACAGUGCGUGAGAGAACACUUGAUGAAGAACAUCCCGAUCGACUGGCGUCUCAGAAAGCACUGAAAGACAUGAAGCAGUCAAUGGCGGUUGAGGUUAUAGAGAACAUGUACCAAUGCAUUCACCUUGACAUUGGUACUUGA